AUGUUUAUGCGCCGUAGUAAAUUCAAGCAUGUUUUUGGCAAACCUUUGAAGAAGGAGCAAUGCUAUGAAGAUAUUCGAAUUACCAAAAGCAGCUGGGACGCCCGUUUUUGUGCUGUGAAUCCAAAGUAUUUAGCGAUCAUUACAGAGGCAGCUGGCGGCGGCGCUUUCUUGGUGCUUCCAAUUGAUCGAGUUGGCCGUGUGGAACGUGACGCGCCACUCGUAGCGGGUCACAAAGCCAGUGUUCUCGAUAUCCAAUGGUGCCCGCAUAAUGACGACCUAAUCGCUAGUGCCUCAGAGGAUGCUACUGUUAAGGUUUGGCAAAUUCCCGAAGGCGGCCUGGAACCGAAAACCAAUUUGACCGUUCCUAUCGCCGAUCUGGUCGCGCAUCAGCGACGGGUAGGCCUAGUAGUUUGGCAUCCUACAGCGGAACAUGUCCUCCUCUCAGCAGGUGCGUAUCUUUUGUUCCUAAAGCUAGGUAAAUGUACGUUUAGUACCAUAACGAAUGGAAUAUUCUCUGGUACUGGUGCUAUGACACCAGUCUGUUUUGGUUUGACUUCGUGUCAGACCGGCUCCUUUAUAAGCGUGAUUCUGCUGCUGGUACUUGAGCACUGUGCAUUUCAUAUAGUAAAUAGAUGCAUUUUAUUUUUUAGUAUAUCAGUUUCUUUCUCUUUAGCAGACCAUUUAACGUUGAACAACAGUUAUUGGUCAUUGUUGACUACAAACUAA